AUGUCUCAUAGUUCCAAUCUCAAAUUUAACCCCUGUCCUGCUGAAGAAGAGAAGAUCUGCUGGAUGGAGAAAGUAGCUCUCGUGAAAGAGGUGGAGGAAGAGGAGGCUGUUACAAUACAAAAACAAGUAAGCGGUGAGGCUGUUACCGUGAAAGAAGAAGAGAAAGAUGUUUCAGUUAAAGAAGAGGAAGACACGUUCAGAGUGAAAGAGGAGGAAGAUGUUACAGUAAAAGAAGAGGAGACUAAGGAUGAACGGGCCCUGAUUAACACUAGAGAGAGACGUGACUAUCGUGGAUCCUCAGGGGAGCCUCAACAACCUCAUGAUGCUGAAGAGGCAGAGAAGAGUCUCUCCACAUCAAAACACCUCAAGAAACACCUGCAGAGAUCCACAGGGAAGAAAUCUCACUUCUGCUCUGACUGUGGGAAAGGUUGCACAUCUUCAUCAGAACUUAAAAUACACCAGAGAAAACACACAGGAGAGAAACCUUAUAGCUGUGAUCAAUGUGGGAAGAGUUUUACUAUAUCUAGCUCUCUGACUUCACACCAGAGAACACACACAGGAGAGAAGCCUUAUAGCUGUGAUCAAUGUGGGAAGAGUUUUGUUACAUCUAGCGCUCUGACUAUACACCAGAGAACACACACAGGAGAGAAACCUUAUAGCUGUGAUCAAUGUGGGAUGAGUUUUACUACAUCAAGCUCUCUGACUAUACACCAGAGAACACACACAGGAGAGAAACCUUAUAGCUGUGAUCAAUGUGGGAUGAGUUUUACUACAUCAAGCCAUCUUAUUCGACACCAGAGAACACACACAGGAGAGAAACCUCAUAGCUGUAAUCAAUGUGACAAGAGAUACUCUAGUAAAAGAUCUCUGAUCAAACAUCAGAAAAUACAUGGAGUUGUUUCAUGAAAUCAGUGAAAUGUCACAAUGUAGAAUGUUUUAACAUUGUAGUAGGAGUGUUUUAAUGAUGUCACAAUGUAGAAUGUUUUAACAUUGUAGUAGGAGUAUUUUAAUGAUGUUCUACCUUAUCGUUUGCCCUGUUCAAUUGAUUGCAGCAUGAUAUGGAUAUUAGCCUCAGGGGAAAAUCCUGGCUCUGAAUUGAAAGAGUAUUAUUUAACAGAAAGUGACUAACAAAAAAAGAGCUGUGUUACACUUACUGGGUUGGUGACCCACUUUAAUCAAAAUGCAACACUUCAAAAUGUAGCUAGCUGUUUUCUACAAGUUGAAAAAGCUGCUUGUUUAAAAAAAUACAUGUAAUAUGAUAAUUGUUGCAGGUGUUUGUGUAUAUACACACAUGAAAGCAGUAUAAUAAAUUGGUCUAUAAUCAAUUGUUAUUAACAAUCUGACGUCACUCCAGUAUUUCUUGACAACA